AUGGCGAAGGGCAAACAAGAAUCGGGAAAAGGCGGAAAGGCCCAGACGGACAACAGCAAAGCUGCCGGAAAGAAAGGCGGGAAGGGUGCCGGAGGAGGAGAAGGUGAUGCAAAGUCAACUAGCAAGGUGAAAGGCGCCCAGAGCAUCAAUGUCCGGCAUAUCCUUUGUGAGAAACACGCCGAGAGCGAAAAAGCGAUGGAGAGGCUGCGCAAUGGCGAGAAAUUUGAUGCCGUGGCAAGAGACAUGUCCCAAGACAAGGCGAGGCAGGGAGGUUCACUAGGCUGGAAGAGCAAGGGGAGUUUAGACCCAGAGUUUGAGAAGAUUGCCUUUGAGCUCCCCCAGAGUACAGUCGAUGCGCCCAAGUACGACAGGGUCAAGACACAGUUUGGCUAUCAUAUCAUCAUGGUCGAGGGUCGCAAGUAG